UGUGCUAUUAUACUUUUUUUUUUUCACUUAUUCGGCAGAAGCGAUCAGUGAAAGUGUUGUGAGGAGGGUUUGCAAUGGGGAGCGGAAAAGGCAGCGGCGGCGAUUCUCCUGUAGCUGAAAUAGAUGACAAAUUCGGUGUGGGUGGUGGCGUUCACGAUACAUAUGGUGAGGAUAGCGCUACUGAGGAUCAGCUUGUGACGCCGUGGACAAUCUCGGUUGCUAGUGGGUAUAGUUUGUUACGUGAUCCACAUUACAAUAAAGGACUUGCCUUCACUGAAAAGGAGAGAGAUGCUCAUUAUUUGUGUGGCCUUCUUCCUCCAGCAGUUUUAUCUCAGGAGCUUCAGGAGAAGAAACUGAUGAUUAAUAUGCGCAACUAUCAAGUUCCUCUUCAAAGAUACAUGGCAAUGAUGGAUCUUCAGGAGAGAAACGAAAGACUUUUUUACAAGCUUCUGAUAGAUAAUGUUCAGGAAUUGCUCCCAGUUGUAUAUACUCCAACAGUGGGUGAAGCUUGCCAGAAAUAUGGGAGUAUAUUCAGACGUCCUCAGGGUCUCUUUAUCAGUUUGAAAGAAAAGGGGAAGAUUCUUGAAGUGCUGAAGAACUGGCCUGAGAAGAACAUUCAGGUAAUUGUUGUAACGGAUGGUGAAAGAAUAUUGGGACUUGGAGAUCUAGGCUGCCAGGGAAUGGGUAUUCCUGUUGGUAAACUUUCACUCUAUACAGCUUUAGGAGGAGUCCGCCCAUCAGCUUGUUUACCGAUAACAAUUGACGUUGGCACAAACAAUGAGAAGCUGUUGAAUGAUGAGUUUUAUAUCGGGCUUAAACAAAACAGAGCAACAGGGCAGGAAUAUGAUGACCUCUUAGAGGAGUUCAUGUCUGCAGUUAAGCAAAACUAUGGCGAAAAAAUCCUGGUUCAGUUUGAAGACUUUGCCAAUCACAAUGCAUUCAAGCUUCUAGAUAAAUAUCGCACGACCCAUCUUGUCUUUAAUGACGAUAUACAGGGUACAGCAUCAGUUGUAUUGGCUGGUAUCGUUUCUGCUCUAAACUUAACCGGAGGAAUCUUAGCAGAUCACACUUUCUUGUUUCUGGGUGCUGGAGAGGCUGGAACGGGCAUAGCAGAUCUGAUAGCCCUUGAGAUAUCAAAAAAGACAGAUAUCCCCGUGGAAGAGGCACGCAAGAAAUUUUGGCUUGUGGACUCAAAGGGACUGCUAGUUAGUUCUCGUAAGGAAUCCCUUCAACAUUUCAAGCAGCCAUGGGCUCAUGAGCAUGAACCCAUUAAGGAUCUCAUAGAUGUUGUAAAUGCUAUCAAGCCAACUGUACUGAUUGGAACAUCUGGGGUUGGAAGACAAUUCACCAAGGAUGUCAUUGAAGCUAUGGCUUCCUUCAACGAGAAACCUCUCAUAAUGGCUCUCUCCAACCCUACAUCACAAGCUGAAUGUACGGCCGAAGAAGCUUAUACAUGGACUGAGGGCCGUGCAAUUUUUGCAAGUGGAAGCCCAUUUGACCCUGUUGAGUAUAAUGGAAAAUGUUUUGCUCCUGGUCAGGCAAACAAUGCGUACAUAUUUCCUGGGUUCGGUUUGGGUUUAAUCAUGUCUGGUACGAUUCGGGUGCAUGAUGACUUGCUUUUAGUGGCUUCCGAGGCAUUGGCAUCUCAAGUGAGUGAGGAGUGCUAUGAAAAAGGUCAACUUUUCCCAUCAUUCGCAGACAUUAGAAAAAUAUCUGCCCACAUUGCUGCCCAAGUAGCUGCCAAGGCAUAUGAUUUGGGCCUGGCUUCUCGUCUCCCCCGACCUAAGGAUCUCAUCCAGUUUGCUGAGAGCUGUAUGUACAGUCCUAUCUAUCGUAGCUACCGUUGAGCUCGUUGACAUUUCAUUAUACAGAAGGGUCCUUUGCAUAAUACAUAUACAUAAAUAGUUGGAAUUGAAUCCUUGAUCUUGUUGAUUUCUGAGUAAACUCAAUCGAAUUUUAAGUAUGUUUUAAUUGGUACAUUCAAGUCUAGAAUGAACAUUGAAC